AUGAAGAACAAGUGUAUUGGCAUUGUCCGCGAGGCUUACAAUAAAUGGGAGCGGCGUGCGCCUCUUACGCCCGCGCACGUCAUGGAAUUGGUGACGCGCGGUGUACAGGUUUUGGUACAGCCGUCCACUGCUCGCGUCUUUUCUGACGACCAGUAUGCUCAUGCUGGUGCAACAAUAUCUGAAGAUCUGACGCAAGCCAACGUCAUUGUGGGCGUCAAGCAGGUGCCUCAACCAGCUUUACUGGCCGAUAAGACGUAUCUUUUCUUUAGCCAUACCAUCAAAGCGCAGCCUGAGAACAUGGCCAUGCUAGAUACCGUGUUGCAACGCCACAUUACACUCAUAGAUUAUGAAUGUAUCACAGAAGAGAGCGGCAAGCGUCUGAUUUCGUUUGGUGGAAACGCAGGUCGAGCAGGAAUGAUUACAGGGUUUCGGGGCCUUGGAGAGCGUCUUAUCAACAUGGGUAUAUCUUCACCCUUUGUGAACGUCGCCUCCGCUUACAUGUAUGCCGACUUGGAGCACGCAAAAGAUGCAGUUAAAGCUGCAGGGAGUCAGAUUAAAAAUGACGGCUUGCCAAAACAUUUGGUACCGAUGACGAUCGCUUUCACGGGGAACGGCAAUGUGUCGAGAGGAGCACAAGAGAUUUUUAAGCUCAUGCCACAUAAAAUGGUGCAUCCGUCCGAGCUGCCAAAGCUACCAAAGAAUAACCACAUUCUUUACGGCACAGUGAUUGAUGAUCCUUCUUACUUUGCAAAGCCACGGGCGGAUAUAGGAGAGACGAUACGAGCGCACUAUUAUCAGAACCCUCAUCAGUACGAACCCGUUUUUCACCAAAAGGUGUUACCGUACACUUCGAUGCUCGUAAACUGCAUGUAUUGGGAUGAUCGCUUUCCCAGAUUAAUCACACGAGAGCAACUCCGUGAACUUCGCAAAACUGGAAACCACCAACUGCUAGGCAUCGCGGAUAUUUCGUGCGACAUCGGUGGUAGUGUUGAGUUUUUAGAAAGGAUCACAAGAAUUGAGCGUCCUUUUGCACUAUUUGAUGUCACGGAAGAAAAGAUGCGCGACGAUGGAGAUAUCCGAGGCCUUGAGGGAGACGGGAUCAUUAUGAUGGGUGUUGAUAUCUUGCCGAGCGAGCUGGCGCGCGAAUCGAGUCAACAAUUUGGUGACCGCCUAAUUGACUACAUCAUCUCUCUAUCGUCUCCUUCUUUGUCCAAUGUUCCCAUUUACGAGCGGAUUGAGCUUCCUGCUGAACUUCGUCGUGCUUGCAUUGCUAGCGAAGGUAAACUUGCACCUAAGUACGAGUAUAUUCAUCGGAUGCGGGCCGAGAGAGACCGCAGGAAGCAAUAUCAAUUCUUAAAUGCGCAACAAGAGGUUGCUGGAAGUACAUGCCUUCUACUUGAAGGACAUCUUUUUGAUUCUGGAUUGAUCAAUCAGGUACUUAAUCUCAUUGAAGACCAUGGUGGAGGUUUUCACCUUGUCGAAUGUAAAGUCCGUCCGAAUUUGGGCGUUGGUGAUGGAGGUGUUAGCACUGUAUCGAUUGCAAUCGUGCAGAUUAGUAUGUGCGGUCGCGAAGAGUUGGAUGCGAUUAUUACAAAAAUCCAGUCUCUUGCAGAGCUGACAUCGGGUGCAAAUGCUACUGUAACAGAGCUACCCGAUUUUUGUGGGACGGAUUUUUCGAAAUCGCGUGGUUCUACGGAAAGAAACACAGCCAAAACAGGUAAUGUAUCUGUCUCUACUUCGAGAAAGCGAAGAAUUGUGUGCUUUGGCGCUGGAUUGGUGGCGUCUCCACUCGUGGAGUAUUUAUCGCGUGAGCAAGAAAAUGAGGUCUACAUAGUUUCGGGAAUCGAUAGCGAAUUGAAGAGGAUAGAACGCAAUAUCUCUCGGCACAACAUCAAAUCGCAGGUCGUAAACGUGGCUGAAGACAAUGUAAGUGUCGACAAGCUUUGUGCAGACGCUGAUUGCGUUGUGUCGUUGUUACCGGCGACGUUGCACACAACAAUCGCCAAGCACUGCAUUUAUCAUGCGACACCUCUGGUGACAGCGAGCUAUGUGUCACCUGAAAUGAAACAGCUGGAUGGUAGUGCAAAGAAGGCAAACAUUCCUAUUCUUUGCGAAUUUGGUCUUGACCCUGGAAUGGAUCACAUGAGCGCAAUGAAGGUUAUUGACGAAGUCAAAGCUCAAUUUGGGAGAAUUAUGUCGUUUUCGUCCGUCUGUGGUGGACUUCCAGCCCCUGAGGCUGCAGAUAACGCCAUUGGAUACAAAUUUAGCUGGAGUCCGCGCGGUGUUCUUACUGCGGCACUUAACGCGGCUAAGUAUCGCAAAAACGGUGAGAUUAUUUAUGUAGCAGGUGAAGACUUGCUGAACUGUAGUGAACGUGUUAAUUUCUUGCCGGCCUUCAACAUCGAACAGAUCCCAAAUCGUGAUUCCCUCCCUUACGGCGAUAUAUACGGCAUUCCAGAAGCCCACACACUCUACCGCGGCACCCUGCGCUACGGUGGCUGCUGUCAAAUUCUGUAUCAGCUACGCAAACUUGGCCUUUUUAAUAUGGAUCCGUCAACGUCCAUUCCAGCUACUUGGCCAGAGCUUCUCAGGCAGCUUGGUGGCCAUCACGAUCUUCACGAGGACGCUCGCAACUUUCUUCAGUGGCUUGGUGCUUUUGAACACUCGACACCAGUCGUCAAAUCACCUUCUAUUCUUGAUGCGUUUUGCGCAUUGCUCCAAGACAAGUUGGCCUAUCAGCCUGGCGAACGCGAUAUGGCCAUCAUGCACCAUGAGUUUGACAUUGAGUACAAUGAUGGCAGAAAGGAGCUACGCACGUCAACGUUCAUAGGUUACGGCUCAGAGAAGGGUGACACAAUUAUGGCCAAAACUGUCGGUUUGAGUGCUGCCAUCGGCGUGCAAUUGAUCCUUCAAGACGCAGUUCGGGGCCGCGGUGUGCUUAUCCCCACGACUCCAGACAUUUAUGGCCCAGCACUUGCGCAUCUUGGAGUCGAAGGCGUGCAUUUUAUUGAGAAAACAUUUUCAAAACAUUAA